GCCGGAGAGACAAGACUGUAGGAGGGGGAGGAGGUGGGGGUAACAUGGACCCCAGGAAGCAGGCAACUCUGAUGAACUACCAUCAGGCCAUUGAGGACACAGUGGACCUGGACAAGGUCAUGCCAGAGAUGGAGGACAUCUUCACUCAACAUGAGAAGAGAGACAUCAAUCACACAAAGGGAAAGGACCGCAUGCGGAGGUUUGUGGACAUUGUCGCCAGUAAAGAUGAUGCAGCAUUUGAUGCCCUUGUGAAGGCAGUACGUCGAGACAACCGCAAACUGGCUACCAGACUUGUACAGGGGGUUAAAGACGAAGACAUGAGGCUCAAGCAAGCCGGGGAUGGGGUGAAGCAGAAGAUCGCAUUAGCGCUUCUCACAACAAGAAUUUCGGAGAGACAGAAGGAGACCAUCAUCUCCAAUGUCUCUGAAGUGGUAGAUUCGGAGCUGCACAGUAAGGCACUGCGUGUGAGCAUCCCUGACCACAGAGCUAGUGCAGAACUUGACCAAAUCAACACAAAACUUAAGAAGAUUAUCAACCUUGAGGUGGACCCACUUCUGUAUGGACCAGGCUACAGGACAGACCUCAGCCAACAAGAAGCUGAUGAGGUGGUAUCCAAGCUACAGAGCAUGCUCGUGGAGCUUAAUGUCAUUCAGGACUGUUACAGUGCACUGGGUGUACAUGCUUUCUCUGGAUCUGGAAAGGCUCUACCCAACAUUCUCUGUCAAAGGAUAGAGGAAACAAAAACAUCCAUUGGCAUUCUCCAGAAAGAGAAAAAAGACCUCAGUAAAGAAAAAGCAGAUCUGGUUAAAGAGAAGAGUCUGCAGGGAAAAGAUGUUGGAACCUUGGAAUCACGUAAUCGCAGUUUGGAGCUUCAUAACAGGAACCUGGAAGGAGAGUGUGCAAAACUUGAUCAGGCUGUUAAGAAACUGACAUCAGUAAAGGACAGUCUGGAGAUUGAGAAACGAAAACUUCAAGAUGAGAAUUCUAAACUGGUAUCUACAAACCAAGGUUUGCAGACUGAGGCAUGGAAUCUUGGACUGAACUUCAAGAGGGCAGAUGAGCUGAAUCAGAAACUAACACGAGAGAACCAGAAACUGUCAUCAAAGAACAACCUGAUAAAGAGGGAGUACUACGGUCCAAGUUCCACCAGUUCACUGAAGGCAGACAACAAGACGCUAUUGGAUGACAAGUUGAGGCUAAAGGCAGAGAUUGGCAAGCUGGAGGGGGAGAAGAGGCAACUGCUGAUUAGGACCCAGAAGCUGGAUUCAGAAAAUGACAACCUCCGUGAUCAGAAGAGGAAGUUGAUGAUUGACAAACGUAAAUACUGGGGAGAAAACCAACAGCUGAAAACUGAGGCAAAACGUCUUGCAAUUGGGACUGUUCAACCAGUGCUGUUGCCUCCAAUAGCUGAGGUCCAGGGAAGUAAGGGAAGUUUGAUGGGUUCAAACCAGCAGUCAGGUAAAGGAUACAGUGGUCAGGUAGGUCACAAUGGCCCAGAACGUCAGACCAGACGUACAAACAACCAUAGUCCUCCUCACAGCAAAUCCAGCCCAGGAGUUGGAAUCCCUGCCCGGAAAUCUGUCAACAGCAACACCUUCACCAGUCCUCAAACUGGCUCAAGGAAAACAACCACAUAUAAUUCAUCUACUGGCAAAUCCCAACUAAAUCACCCAAAGUAUCGAGCAUCUGUUUAUGACUACAGACCACAGAACAAAUCCGUUCAGUUCAAUACUUCACCUCCACCACGAUACGGCAAUAAGGCAUAGUCUGUUCUUCAUCACUCAACCUAAGACAGAACAUAUCGCACAGACUGUCAGAUAGGAUACAUCUGUGCCGCAAGCAUUACUAGAACUUCCAUUUCUGAAUCACCUUAGAUCAGUUAUUCAGGUACAAAGGUUUCCCAAAGCAACUGGUGACAAUCAAUCAGGCGGAAACAAAGAGACACUAUUCAGACAUAAUCUAUCAUAUUCUAUAUUGUUCCAUAAGCAGAAGCAAAAAGUAAUGACAGAGGUCAUAUUAAAAUUGGGUUUUAUAUAUUUAUAUUCAUGUUUCAUAACUUUAAUUCAAUUAAAGAUGCACUUUAUAUUUUGAACUGACAUAUCUACCAGAUAUUCAAGGCUGACAUAUUAGAUAUUGGCUUGUUAACAAAACAGCAGUGAAACAUACAAAUAAAUAAUGCCUUUAGGGACUGGUCAAAUGCAACAUGUUAUAGUUAGGAUUACACUUUCUCAGUAUGAGAGUGUGGGUUUGAAUUCAGGGUGGGAGCCAACCCCCCAAAAGUACAAGAAAAUGUACUUUGCUGAGAAAGUGUAAUCCAAAGUGUAACAUGCUUCAGCAGUGAAGCAAUCUGAGUAAACUUUAAAGUGAAUUUUGAACAUACUUAUUUCACGUAAAGAUCAAGAAAUCUGAAUCUGCCAGCACAAACAUUCUGAAUGUCAUUGCCUAUAAACCUUCUAUGGUUAUACUGUUGGGAUUACUUCUUUUCUGUUUUUCUCAAGUCACAAUAUAACAUACGCAUUGAACAACUUCCUGUACUCCACUUUAGCUGCUGGAGGACUCUCUUAUACCACUUUGUUGAUGAGUUGAAGAAAUGUUUAUUGUACAGUUAUGUGUAGUCCUGCCAAAUGCACAUUAUACCUCACAUGGUAUUAGAAGACUCACAAUUGCAAUAAAAUCUGUUAUAUCUGGAACAGUUUGAGGAAUGGAGGCAUAGCCUUGCAGGUACAGCACUCACCCACUAACUCUCUUUCUCUUGCACACAUAAACACACACACUCUCUCUCUCUCUCACACACACAUACUCUCUCACAC